AUGCCAGGCGAAGUCUGCUUUCACGGCGUGAUCGAGCCUACAUGCAAGAAACGAGGCUCGCGCAAGCAUAGGGAAUCCCGCCAAGACGAAUCACCGCGCGGACGAGGAGUAGCGGGAGACGGCGACAGCGGCUUAACGAAUGCGGAGGCGGGGGAAGGCGGAGUGUGCGGAAGCGCAAGCAGCGCGAGCAGCGCUAGCAGCGGGGGGUCGAAGUCGCGCAAGGUGGCAGUGGCGCGCAUAGUGGCGGCGUUCUACCCGAAGUUCGAGAACGAAUCCGCAGAUGGGGAGGUCCGCGGGGAGAUGGAGCGGCUUGUCGGCAAUGGCGUUGGCGUUCUCGAGGUAUCAGUGAAGCACAGCGGCUCUCUUUUUCUGUGGGCGGGGGCGAGGAGAGGCGCGUAUGCUAAGAACUCCUACGGCAACGAGUACUCGGCGGUGGGCGUGUGGGUGCUGGGGGAGACGCUGCGCAACGCGUGGGGGGAGGGGCUGGUGCGGCAGAAGCAGAGGGAGCUGAGCGACUACCUGGAGAGGCAUCGCAUGGCAGUGGGCAUGGAGCUGGUCACGUCUGUGCUGGGGGAUCACGGGCAGAGACCGCUGCAGGACUAUGUGGUGGUGACGGCAGUUACGGACAUGGCAAGCCACCCGCCUCGCUUCCUCUCUACACCCGAGGUGCUGCGCUUCUGCCACACCUGGCGCCUCCCCUUCAACUCCUACUGGCUCUUCCACUCGACGGAUUCGUGCACGCAGCUGUUUGCAGCGUACAGCGCACUGAGUGAGGAGGGCACGGCGCACUCAGUGGAGGACACGCUCACUCGCAUAGCAGACGUCACCAUUGCAGGCACGGCAUCACACGAGAGGCUUCAGGGAAGCAUCAUGGAGGGGCUAGUGGCGAGGCUGGUGAGCCCCAGGAGCCUGCAGCAAGUGAGAGAGCUCAAGGCGGGGCUGCUGGCCGGCCCGGCGCCCAGCUACCCCGUGGGAGCGGGCACGCGACUGAGGGAGCUCUUCACUCAGCACGACUCAAUGAAGGAGGUGAGCGAGGCUGGGGCGAUGCACAAGGUGACUGUGGCGCGCAUGGGAAUUGGAGGAGAUGAGACCAUUGGAGACGCGAAUGCAGGGUGGAAGAGGAGAGCUCAGAUAAGAGAUCAGAGGACUUUCCUUCCAUUUGCAUUCGUUCCUCAACAACUCCCCUGCCCCCCUGCACCUCCUUUCCCUCCUCUCUCUCCCUGUUUCUCCCUUCUUCGUCUCCUUCCCCCUCACCUUCCCCCUCUCCUGCUUUUCCAUCCGCAUCUCCUUCCCCCGUUCGCUCCUCCCCUCCCUCACUGUCGGCCUUCCUCUUGCCCUCUUUCCGCCAUCCCCCAGCGCAUCGCCCAUCUGGUGGAGGAGGCAGGAGACGCCAUGUGCAGCGAGCAGCAGUGGGGGGAGGGCGUGGCGGGGGGGUAUGGGAGUGGAGGCGAGGACGAGGAAGGAGGCACUGUGGUGGAGGGGGAGGAGAGUGAGAGUGCAGGGAAAGCGAAGCAGAGGAGGAGGGAGCAGCAGGAGGAGGAGGAGCGGCGUGUGACUGACUGGCUGAACUCGCUGCUCAGCUGCACUGCAGCAGAUGCAGAGACAAGCAAACUUCAGGCCAUGCUGCGAGCGGUGAAAGCCGAGAAGCUCAAAGACCCUAGUCUCUGGCCGCUCUACCGGGGGUUCUUCCUGGAAGCUGCGGUCGUGGAGGUGGACAAGGGCACGGGGAAGCAGCUAGUAGCAGCGACGGGUGAUGCUUCUGCCGGUGCUGCUGUCAUUGCUGAUGAUGGUGUUUCUAGUGCUGAAGUUGGAGAGAGAAGGGGGGAGCGUGGGGUGGCAGCUGGAACGGGACAGAAGGAGGAAGGAAUGGCCAUAAGGGAUGUGGAGAGUGCUGGGGGAGAGGGCAGGGAGAAGGAGGAGGAAGAGGAAGAGAGGGAUGGGAAUGAGGUGCCGCAUGUGAUGCUGAAGAUGAAGUUCCUACCGUACAAGCUGCGGACAUUCUUAAUACGCAACGGGCUCGGCACUCUGCUGAAGAAGGGGCGCCAUGAGUUCAUGGCUUAUGCUAGCAGGCUGCUCAAGGUGUGGGGCACAUUACCAGCUGCGACUCGCGAGAUGACCGCGCUCUGCCGAGCAUGGCACGGUGCAAUGCGGUGUGCAGAGUAUUCCAAGUCCAUUUCAUCCAACUCUUACCUCAUCGCCCGCCCACCCAAGUCCAUUUCAUCCAACUCUGACCUCAUCGCCCGCCCACCCAAGUCCAUUUCAUCCAACUCUGACCUCAUCGCCCGCCCACCCAAGUCCAUUUCAUCCAACUCUGACCUCAUCGCCCGCCCACCCAAGUCCAUUUCAUCCAACUCUGACCUCAUCGCCCGCCCACCCAAGUCCAUUUCAUCCAACUCUGACCUCAUCGCCCGCCCACCCAAGUCCAUUUCAUCCAACUCUGACCUCAUCGCCCGCCCACCCAAGUCCAUUUCAUCCAACUCUGACCUCAUCGCCCGCCCACCCAAGUCCAUUUCAUCCAACUCUGACCUCAUCGCCCGCCCACCCAAGUCCAUUUCAUCCAACUCUGACCUCAUCGCCCGCCCACCCAAGUCCAUUUCAUCCAACUCUGACCUCAUCGCCCGCCCACCCAAGUCCAUUUCAUCCAACUCUGACCUCAUCGCCCGCCCACCCAAGUCCAUUUCAUCCAACUCUGACCUCAUCGCCCGCCCACCCAAGUCCAUUUCAUCCAACUCUGACCUCAUCGCCCGCCCACCCAAGUCCAUUUCAUCCAACUCUGACCUCAUCGCCCGCCCACCCAAGUCCAUUUCAUCCAACUCUGACCUCAUCGCCCGCCCACCCAAGUCCAUUUCAUCCAACUCUGGGGGAAGGAGGGGACGCGGGGGGAGGAGAGUGGGGAGGCGGCAGCUGGAGGGGAGGGCAGAGGGGAGCAGAGCAAGGGCCCUUAUGCAGAUGGGUCGAGGCAGUGGGGGCGGUGGAGGCAGUGAUUCAGCUGAGCAGGCAGGGAUUGGCAGGGAGGGCGAGUCGUCUGUGCAGGGAGCGAGGGAUGGGGGGGAUGAUUCAGCGGACCCUGUUGCAGGAGCAGAGGCAGGGGCGGUAGAGGAGGAGGAUGGGUGGCAGGAGGUGACGAGAGGGAAGGGCAAGGGGAAGACGGGUGGGCGAGGUGGCGGGGGGAAAGGAAGGGGGGCAGGAGGGGGAGGGGGAGGAGAAAGGGGAGGAAGGAGAGGGGAGAGAGCGACAGGGGGUGGGGGAGGAAGCAUGGAGGGAGGGGAGGGAAGAGGGGAGGUGGAGGAGGGUGGAGGGCCGUUGGGGGAUGGGAGGGAAUGUCUGCACAUCAUGGGCGACAAGACAAUCGGUGGGUGCAUUGUUGUUGCAUGGUACAUUACGGCACAUCAUAAAACAUCUUUCCCCUCACUUUGCCUGGUAUCCUGUUUGCCUCUUUCUGGCCCUCUCACCGCGUCUCACCACAUCCAACCACAUCCCACCUGUCCCUGUUAUGCAGGGAAGUACUGGAAGCUGCUGGGAGCGCGCAUGAGGAAGGAGAGGGAGGCGAGGGUGAAUGUACUGGCGGAUAAGAACGCGCCCAACGAGGACGUGUGGAACCAGAUAGAAGCCAUUUGCCACGACACAGGGCUGCAGGGCGUGCCUGUUGUGCCUGCCUCGCUAGGCACACUGCACAACCCCUUUGACUGGCGAGUGCUGGCCGUGUUUCUGUUCCGCGUGAUUCAACGCACCAACCACCCUGGCGAUUUGGAUGCCAGCUCACCAGCACCAGGCCAAGUGGUGCUUAGCUUCCAUUCGCUCUACGGCAGACAUAACCGGGAGGAUUUUGAGGCGGAGCUGAAGCAGCGCUUUGGCUUGCUCGUGACCAUGCCUGUGGUCAAGCCUGACUCUCCUUCCAACCCCUCCACUUGUCGUCCCACACUUGUUUCGCCUCACAAUCCUGACUCUCCUCUCCCGCAUCCCCCUCACCCAUCUCAUCUCUCACAUCUCUACCCCUCGCAUCCUCACCCACCCCCCUGUGGCUGCUGCAGCAAGGAGCCCCUGAAACCGCCAAUGGCAGAGGAGGUGGUGGAGUGGGAGGGGGAGUUGAGAGCAGUGCUGCACAAGCAUGCCCCCUACCUCACAUCCAUCCAACUGCCUCUCGAACAAGUGGUCGCUACAGUCCAAAACCAGCUCCACCAGAUCGCUACAGGACAAAUUCGCCCACAGGUCGCCGCCAAGAUGAGCUUCCGCAGCAUCCGCCUGGCAGCGGUGGUGAUUGACCCCGCUGCUGACGUGGCGCCGGGCGGCGCUGACAUGGCAACAAGCGGGCGGCAGCUUUUGCGGACGUUAGAGGAGCUGGCGCGAUCUGAUUCGCGUGUGGCAGAGUUCUGGAAAACGGCGGAAGGUCCUUUGAGAAAGAAACUGGAAGUGGGCAGUGGUGGUGGUGCUGCUGCUGCUGGUGCUGCUGCUGGUGGUGGUGGUGGCAGGGGAUUGGGGUGGAUGCAUGUGACUCUGGCACACAGAGAGCACGGUGUGCCGGCAGUGGUGAGCUUUGCUCCCAUGGAAGGGUGUGCGGUCACUGUGCUGGCAACGGCGCUGCUGUUUGAUAAGCAUGUGGCAGCACUCGCCGUGGAGUUGCGUGGGCCUGAUGGAGAGGCAGUUCGCUCGUUUAAUCCCUUUGUACACAUCACGAUAUGGCAAGCGGAGGGGGCAAAGGCAGUGCAGUCUUUGGAGCUACCCAGUGCGGUAGACUGCAGGAAGGCCACUCGUGUGCCCUUCCCUCAGCCGAUAAAGCUGAUAGGAGCAUAUUAUCCAACCUCCUCUGCUCCCGUCGUUCCGCGAGCCCAUCCUUGCUGGCUGCUGGCGCGGCUCAAACAUCCCUUUCGUGCGCCCAUCAUCCGCUUUGCUGCUGGCGCGGCUCCGACGUCUGCUGCUGCGCGCUUUCCGUCUAACUUCCGCCUGCGCCUAGUUACCGCCUGCCCUGCGCGUUCCCGCGCGCCCGCGGGCAUGCAGGGGAAUGAGGGCGGAGAGGGCCCUUCCGGCGGAGGCGGGGGAGCGGGGCGGGCGAAGGGAAAAGCGGCGGCGGAGGAGUUGGGCGGGUCGAAGAAAAAGGCGGGAAUUUUCCUAAGAGAACUGCGGCUCAUGAUGUACGGCUUUGGAGAUGAUCCCGAGCCCCUACCAGAGUCAGUGGAGCUAGUGGAGGAGAUAGUGAUAGAGUACAUCACUGACUUGGUGCAUCGCGCACAGGAGGUGGCGGCCAGGCGAGGCCGCCUCACCACUGAAGACGUGCUCUUCCUCAUCCGCAAGGACCCACGCAAGUUUGCUAGAGCCAGGGAAUUACUUGCUAUGAACGUAGAGCUGAAAGAGGCAAGAAAGGCAUUCCAAGAGGAACAAUGA